UUUUUUUUGUUUGCGAAGAAACACUUGACUAUGGUUUCUGGUAUUUGACUUGGUUUUCUGGCAUUGACCUGCACGUAAGACGCACAUGUUCCGGCGAAUCUCCCCUUUCUUAAUUUUUUCCUUCCUUUUUUCCCUCCAAUUCAACUUUCUCUCUCCUUUUUUCUUCCAACCAAGCCUCAAUUACUCUCCAAUAGAAGAAGGAAACUCUAAUUUUAAGCUUGAAUUGCUGAAAUUAACCUAAUUUCAAGUAAGGUAUGUUGUUGUAAUUACUGAAAUUUCUUGUUAAUUAUGUUGGGUUUUCGAAUUUUCAUAAUUAGGAUUUGUAAUUGAAAAUUAGGGUUACUAUUUUUGCCCACCAAUGUGUUUAUGAUGGAUUUAGGAGUAAUUUUGAGGGGCCAAUGUGUUUAGGAUGCCCACCAAUGUGGUCUUUGAUUUUUUUUUCUUGCUAUAUUGGGCUUCUACGGAGGAUGGGGGUGAGGAGGUGGGGUGGGGUUUUUGGGUCGAUGGGGGUGAAUUAACGGGAGUGGAAUUUUCAUGGGAGUAGAUUUAUUGGGUGAGAUGGUAUUGGUGAGGGUGAAAGUGAAUUGGUGGUGUUGGUGGGGGUGGCAGGAGGUGGUGGCGGUGAUGAGGUGGUGUUGGUGAGGGAAAAGAGAAAAAAAUAAAGGAAUGUGCUUUUUUGAGAUCACAUGACCCACACGUGCAAAGUCAACACCGGAAAACCAAGUUAAACAUUGAAAAUCGGGUUAAGGUGUUACAUCGUAAAAAAAAAAAAAAAAGUGGUUUUAGGUGUGCCUUCACAAGAAAAUUUGUAUAAGAUGUUUUUUUUUUUUUAAAAAAAAAAAAGGUAGUGUUAUAAAAGAUGUUUUUUUUUUUUACAAUUUUUCCAAUGAAAAAAUGUGCCUAUCAAAAUUCGGAAUUAAGAAAAUUGGGAGUACCAAACAAUUCACUUUAUUUUUUUUUGAAACCAGCAUUUUUUUUUUCUCUUCAAAAAAUCACGAAAACCUUAAUUACCUCUUCACAUUCUCCCUUUCCUUAACCCCCCCAAGUUUUCCCCUCCAUCUCUUCCUCAGUCAAAUUAGAAUUAUUUGGGGACUUCUUAACUGCGAAAGUAAUAUUCUGCUGGAAAUUGGUAUGGCAACAAUGAAACGGAGAUACAACCCAGAUGUACCGAUUGACAUUACUUCGGAUGAAGUUAAUGGGGAAGUUUCAGCAGAAGCCAAAGAUGAAAAUAAGAAUGUAAAAGUGAAGGUGGUUAAAUGGUCUUAUUCGGAAAGUGAAAGAGAAGAAGGGGUUUUCUUUAAGAUUGAGAUUGGCAUUCCAUUUCGAUGGUUGAUGAUUGAGUAUUGUCAGAAAUUGGGUUUGGAUUAUCAAACGACCCGAUUCGAGUUGAAUGGUGCAAAGUUAAGGGAAACGGAUACUCCCCAUCAACUUCGAAUGCUUCAUGAUGAUGUCAUUUUUGCCCUCCCUAAUCGUGGUAGUUCGGGGUUUGAAGCUGUGCCUUAUGUAACUCUAAUCAUUCUCAUGCACAAAGAGAAAGACACGAUUCUUAGAUUGAAACGCUCUACGGCUAUACUGCCUCAGCUUAUGCAGUGUUUUCCUAACAGUGGAUCUCAAGAACAAGGCUCUCUAUGCUUUGUUUACCGUGAAUUAAAGUUGACUCCGAAUCAUACAGCUAACGAACUAAAGAUGGAAGAUGGUGACAUCAUUGAUUGCUUUAAUUUCAAAACAAUGAGUAAGUUCAACUCUGGUUUAACUCAAUCUAGUUCAAAAUUAUUAUUUAGCUUUGAUGGUCGUUCUCUCUCACCUACAAAAACAGUAGCGGAGGAAGAUCUAGUGGAUGGUGGUACUAUUAGUAGCACGAUUUGUUUUUUCGGAUGCCUAAUCUUUUUGUUAGGUUCUAUGAUUCUCUUUGUAAACUCCCUUUUAUUUCCCUCCUUGGUUAGAUUUGUUGCAGUCGCAGUAUAAUGUUGUCAUAUCUCUGGUGCUAUUUUAUUAGAACCCGACUUUGUCUUAGAGGGUGUUGAAGUUUUCUUGAUCAAGAACUACGUAAUCUGAUUGCGCGUUGUAAAUAUCCUUUUUUUUAUUUAUCCCCUCUUUGACAAGA